ACAGACUUAGAUUAGAUUAGUGUGUUUAUGUGUGCGUUGUUGCCCCCCCCCCACUCCUCCUCCCUAAAAGAUUCAGGUAACGACCCCCGCCUGAUGACGUCACCUGAUUGAUGCCAUAAUGUCAUUACAGCAGGAUCUGUUGGUGACGAACCGAAACGGCGUCCCGUCCUUUCCUCUGACUCGUUUCCUUGGUAAUAAAAGAAGCAGAAAUCCGUAAAGCGCAGUAGUCAAAACAGGAGGAAACUGCAGCGGCGCGCAGAGGAGUCUGAGGCUUAUUGGUUUUUAUUAAUUAUUAUUAUUAUUAUUGACUUCAAAUUAGUAGGAAGAACAGCUGAUUUUUUUUGUAAUCCGGUGAUUUCUGUCAGGAGGAACCCUGGAGGAAGAGGGCUUUUCUUGAUCUUCUUGGCAGCUUUGAGUGACUCAAGAGAGACAACUUAUCAGCAGCAUUUGGACCUUGCUCUCUGUUUUCUGUAAAAGCCUCACCUCUGUGUCUCUGGCACACUUCAUCGGAUCUUCAACCUAUAGUCUCCUCUGUGAAGAUGUCCUGCUGAUGUGCUGCUGCCUCCAGAUGGCCGGGGCCAAACGGAGAUAACAGGAGGAAAAAGAAAAACAGAGAAAAAAAUCAAUCUUCUGUGUCUGUGACUGUGAUCCCUGAGUGGAAACUGUUCUGAUUAAGCAGGAACAAUGGCGUCUUACAGUCCUGCUCCCACCCAAGAGGGGACAAAUGGGGGCCCACCGUCUUUAAAGUCUGGAAGUUCUGAUGAGUCCAUGAAGCUAAAGAAGGAGAUCUCCCUUCUGAACGGGGUCUGCUUGAUUGUGGGUAACAUGAUCGGCUCCGGGAUCUUCGUCUCCCCCAAAGGCGUGCUCAUCCACAGCGCCUCCUACGGUCUCUCCUUGGUGGUGUGGACCAUUGGUGGGAUCUUCUCCAUAUUCGGGGCCUUAUGCUACGCCGAGCUGGGCACCACCAUUACUAAGUCAGGGGCAUCAUACGCCUACAUCCUGGAGGCCUUUGGGGGUUUCCUCGCCUUCAUCCGCCUGUGGACGUCCCUGCUGAUCAUCGAACCGACCAGCCAGGCCGUCAUCGCCAUCACUUUCUCCAACUACAUGGUGCAGCCCAUCUUCCCCACCUGCAUAGCGCCGUACGUGGCCAACAGGCUGCUGGCAGCUGCUUGUAUAUGUUUGUUGACCUUUGUGAACUGCGCCUAUGUGAAGUGGGGCACCAGGGUCCAGGACUUCUUCACCUACGCCAAAGUCCUGGCUCUCAUCGCUGUCAUCAUCACCGGCCUGGUGAAGAUCGGACAAGGUUACACGCAGAACUUUGAUGGCAUGUUCGAUGGCUCCUCUCGGGACCCCGGACACCUCGCCCUGGCUCUUUACUCGGCGCUCUUCUCCUACUCUGGAUGGGACACGCUCAACUUUGUCACAGAGGAAAUCAAAAACCCAGAGAGGAAUCUACCUUUGGCCAUCGCCAUUUCCAUGCCCAUAGUGACUGUGAUCUACAUUCUGACCAAUGUGGCCUAUUACACCAUCCUCCCCAUCAACGCAAUCCUGGACAGCGACGCCGUGGCGGUGACGUUCGCAGACCAGGUGUUUGGAGUGAUGAACUGGACCAUUCCUCUGGCCGUGGCUCUGUCCUGCUUCGGAGGACUCAAUGCUUCCAUCGUUGCGGCCUCCAGGCUUUUCUUCGUGGGAUCCAGGGAGGGCCACCUGCCCGACUUCCUGUGCAUGAUCCAUGUCAGCCGCUACACUCCCAUCCCUGCGCUGCUCUUCAACGGUUUCAUGGCUCUCAUUUAUCUGUGUGUGGAGGACGUCUUCAGGCUCAUUAACUACUACAGCUUCAGCUACUGGUUCUUUGUGGGUCUGUCUAUUCUAGGACAGCUUUACCUGCGCUGGAAGGAGCCAGACAGAGUCAGACCGCUGAAGCUCAGUCUGAUCUACCCCAUCAUCUUCUGCAUCCUCACCGUCUUCCUGGUGGUGGUGCCCCUCUAUAGCGACACCAUCAACUCUCUGAUCGGCAUCGGCAUCGCCCUGUCAGGAGUGCCGGUUUACUUCCUCUGCUGCUACACUCCAGCCUAUAAGAGGCCGCUGUGGCUGCGAAACUUUAUCGCUAAAAGUGGCCUCAUCAUCCAGAAGGUGUGCUUCUCAGUCCUGACAGAGAUGGACGUGAAGGCAGACUAGUUCGAUCUCAACCCGCCAGAAGCCGUGGACACACAGAGGCUCAUUCUGAAUCGACAUUUACGUGUCACGGCCGUCCGGAGGCCUUUCUGGGACCCACAUUAGGGACUGACCCGGCUCCACCCAGCGAACGUGGACACGCAGAGGAUCGGCUUUGGGUGGUUGAAAUUUGACGGAGAACAUUCUACCACACUCCUGAGGAAGAUAACUCUCUUUUUAUGGACUUGUGCCUGUUAAUAUAGAAUUAUUUUAUUGAGAUAUAAAGUAUUUUGUGUGAAAACAACAUGAAAAGUUUAUGUUUGGACAGAAGUUGUGGACUUUUAAAACCCUAAAGCACUGCUGACCAGCCUUGAAAUUGCCUCUAUUCUAUUUGUUUGCACAAAGAAAAACAAGCAAUAAACAACAUUAGUUUCAAAUAUCACAUUCACUCAUUUGUACACGUUUGUAAAAUGUUUUUUUUUACUGUGAUCUGUUUGAUCUGGUGAAGUAAAGGGCUAUUUUCACAAAUAAAAACAUUUUUUUGUUUUUG